AUGUUGCCAGAGAGGAGGACCUACAGAAGCUAUUAUAAAAAAAAAGAUGAAUAUGAAAAUGACUACUCUUCAUUCUAUGGGAAUUACAAUGAAAGUUAUGGUAGCUUUUGCGAUGGGUUAGAAGCUGUUUCUUGGGAGAACCAUUCCCUACCAGAUUUUACAAAAAAUUUUUAUAUCCCACAUCCAACUGUGUUGAAUAGACCUUAUGCUGAUGUACAGCAAUAUAGAGAAAGCAGAGGUAUCAAAAUUGAAGGAGAUGCUGAUAAUAAUAACAAUCCAAUCAUGUAUUUUGAAGAGGGCAAUUUUCCUGACUAUGUCGCAGGAACUAUCAAAAAAAUGGGAUUUGAUUUCCCAACUGCUAUUCAAGCUCAAAGUUGGCCAAUUGCAUUGAGUGGAAGGAAUAUGGUUGGAAUUGCUCAGACUGGUAGUGGGAAAACACUAGCUUAUAUGCUUCCUGCAGUUAUCCAUAGUAUCAAUCAGCCAAGAGUACAGCGUGGAGAUGGUCCUAUUGUAUUGGUGUUGACACCAACCCGAGAAUUAGCUCAGCAAAUUCAAGCAAUUCCUAUGCAGUUUGGUGAUGUUUGCAGGCAAAAGGCUGUUGCUGUUUUUGGAGGUGCUCCCAAAGGUCCCCAAGCUAGAGAUUUAGAGAAUGGAGCAGACAUAGUAAUAGCCACACCAGGUCGCCUUAUAGAUUUUUUGACAACAGAUGUUGAAAAUGUCAUGUAUGUGAUCAACUAUGACUUUCCAAAAAGUUCAGAAGAUUACAUUCAUAGGAUCGGUCGUACUGGCCGAUCAAAUUCAUCGGGAACAGCUUAUACAUUCUUUACCUCUGCUAAUCAAAGACAAGCUAAGGAUCUAAUAUCAGUAUUAGCUGAAGCUAAACAGCAAAUAACUCCUGAAUUACAAUCCAUGAUAUGGUUUAAUGGUCGGAGAAAUGCUUUUUCAAAUGGUGGUAACAGUUUGUAUAUGAUCUGA